CACCGCAGCUGUCGCCGCCACCCGCCAUUUGCUUUGUACGGUGGACUUGGAGUUCUUUAACGAAUCAGUCGAAACACUGCACUCCUCUUCCAUCUCAGUUAGUCUUGCAGGAUCUAUCUAAGCUUUUGUACUGUCAUACCAAUGUUCUAUGCUUUCUCUUCUCAAAUUGGUGUCAAUCUGCAAACUUGAGCUUGUUUCUAAGGUUUUGCCAUCUCAUCGAUGGGUUUACCGAUCUUUUUCGGCAACUACAAGUUCUCUGCAACUGAUAUCACGUGAGUUUGAGAACAAGAGAAAAGUAGCUGAUUUUGAUGUUCUAUUCCAUUCCUGCACAAAGGUUGAUGUUGCUAAGCGGCUUCAUGCUCUUCUUAUGGUGUUGGGGAAAGCUCAAAAUGUUCUUCUAUCUACCAAGCUUGUUAAUUUGUAUGCUACUCUUGGGGAUGUCUCGUUGUCUCGCGAUACUUUUAAUCAGAUUAAGAGAAAGAAUAUCUAUGCGUGGAACUCAAUGUUAGCAGCAUAUGUUCGCUGUGGCCGAUACUGUGAAGCUAUGACUUGUGUCAAUGAAUUGUUGUCCAUAUCUGGUCCACGACCUGACUUUUAUACUUUCCCACCUGUGUUGAAAGCUUGUGCACAUCUAGUUGAUGGGAAGAAAUUACAUUGCUUGGUUUUGAAGAUGGGUUUUGAGCAUGAUGUAUUUGUGGCUGCUUCCUUGAUCCAUUUAUAUUCACGGUUUGGUGCUUUAGAUGUUGCCUACAAGUUGUUUGUCGAUAUGCCGGUUCGAGAUGUGGGUUCUUGGAAUGCAAUGAUUUCAGGGUUUUGUCAGAAUGGAAAUGCAGUAGAGGCAUUAUAUGUCUUGAAUAGUAUGAAAGUUGAGGGGGUAAAAAUGGAUACAGUUACUGUGUCAAGUAUACUACCCAUUUGUGCACUGUCAAACAAUAUCCUUAGUGGGGUAUUGAUUCAUUUGUAUGUGAUAAAGCAUGGGUUGGUAGCUGAUGUGUUUGUUUCCAAUGCUUUGAUCAAUAUGUAUUCAAAGUUUGGUAGGCUGCAGGAUGCACAUAGGGUUUUUGAUCACAUGAAAGUGAGAGAUCUGGUAUCUUGGAAUUCUAUAAUUGCUGCAUAUGAGCAGAAUGAUGAUCCUACUACUGCACUUGAAUUCUUUAAAAGGAUGCAAUUUGUUGGAAUACGACCUGACUUGUUAACAGUUGUGAGUUUGGCCUCAAUUUUUGGCCAAUUAAGUCAUCAAGGGUUUAGCAGGUCUGUUCAUGGAUUUGUUAUGAGACGCGAAUGGCUUGAGGAGGAUGUUGUGAUUGGUAAUGCACUUGUGAAUAUGUAUGCAAAAUUGGGUGCUAUGGAUUGUGCACUUACAGUUUUUGAACAUCUUCCUAUCAAAGACAUAAUUUCGUGGAACACUUUGAUCACAGGGUAUGCUCAAAAUGGUCUUGCAAGUGAGGCAAUUGAUGCUUACAACAUGAUGGAAGAGAGUAGAAAAAUAAGCCCAAACCAAGGGACUUGGGUGAGCAUUCUACCAGCAUAUUCCCAUGUUGGAGCUUUGCAACAAGGAAUGAAAAUUCAUGGGAGGCUAAUCAAGAACUGUCUCUACUUGGAUGUCUUUGUGGCUACCUGCCUGAUUGACAUGUAUGGAAAAUGUGGGAGGUUAGAGGAUGCGAUGUCCUUAUUCUAUGAAAUUCCACGAGAAACUUCAGUUCCUUGGAAUGCCAUAAUAUCUUCUCUCGGGAUUCAUGGGCAUGGAGAAGAAGCUGUACAACUUUUCAAGGAUAUGCUAGCUGAAGGGGUAAAGGCAGAUCAUAUUACCUUUGUCUCUUUGUUGUCAGCCUGUAGCCAUUCAGGUUUAGUCGACGAGGGUCAAUGGUGCUUUGAUAUGAUGCAGAAAGAGUAUGAGAUCAAGCCUAGUUUGAAGCAUUAUGGCUGCAUGGUGGAUUUGCUUGGCAGAGCUGGGUAUUUGGAAAAGGCAUAUAAUUUAGUGAGCAAUAUGCCUUUAAAGGCUGAUGCAUCCAUCUGGGGUGCUCUUCUUGGUGCUUGUAGAAUACAUGGAAAUGCAGAAUUGGGUGCAUUUGCUUCAAAUCGCUUGUUGGAAGUUGAUUCAGAGAAUGUUGGCUAUUAUGUUUUGUUAUCAAAUAUCUAUGCAAAUGUUGGAAAAUGGGAAGGAGUAGUUAAAGUAAGAUCAUUGGCCAGAGAUAGAGGAUUAAGGAAGACUCCUGGAUGGAGCUCUGUUGUAGUGGGAAGUAUAGUUGAAGUCUUUUAUACUGGGAACCAAACCCAUCCACAAUGUACAGAGAUAUACGAGGAACUAAGGGCUUUGACUGCCAAAAUGAAGAGCCUUGGUUAUGUUCCAGACUAUAGUUUUGUCUUACAAGAUGUUGAGGAGGAUGAGAAAGAGCAGAUUUUGACAAGUCAUAGUGAGAGACUGGCCAUUGCAUUUGGAAUUAUCAGCACUCCACCAAAAAGUUCCAUUAGGAUAUUUAAAAACUUGCGUGUUUGUGGUGAUUGCCACAAUGCAACUAAGUACAUAUCCAAAAUUACUGAGAGGGACAUUGUUGUGAGGGAUUCAAAUCGUUUCCAUCAUUUUAAAGGUGGGAUUUGCUCAUGUGGUGAUUACUGGUGAUGAUCACUAAUUCAUGGGAACUGGAAAAGAUUGGCCAUAACUGAAGACCUUAAUUACUGAGAUUUGUCAAACCAGGCAUUGUUUUGUCAUUGUAGCGCAACUG